AUGACUUACAAGCGACUCAAUAUUUCCUCUAAAACACAGUUACGCAAUGUUUAUGGAAGUGCACGUAAAGGCCAACAUUAUGUUGAGCCAGAUUUUAAGGCCAAUGUUAUGUUGGGCCAUAUUUUACCCAAAGGCCCAAAAUCAGUGCGUAAAUCCCAAAAGAGGAAGUUAAUGGACAAGGGGUCAGAUAGUGUGGAUGAAAUCCAAAAUUCUCCCCCUUCGUCUUUGGACUCUUUGAUAUGUUUCGAAUCUACCGGGGAUUCAUAUAUAGUUCAAGGGAAUAAGCGUAUUCUGGGUUUGGAGGAUGGUGACGUGAAAGGUAAGGUGUGGGAUGUAGCAUCUCAACUAGGUAUUGAGGGAAAGGAUUCUUAUGAGGUGUACAUGGAAGCAAUCUGGGAUAUGGAGGCUAGGGAUAACACUGGCAAUCUUGAAAGGCAAGAGAAUUCAAUCAAUGUGGAACCAUGA